AUGAAUUUGCAGCCUCAAGAGGUUCAACCAAAUCCGAAGCCCGUAUCUCAGCAAGCAAUACAUCAUUCCGAUGGACAAAUGAUUUAUGUUUGCUCUUAUCAAUCAAUUGCUUAUUAUGCGCCUCUGGAAGAUGAUAGCACAACCCGAAUCAAAGAAAAUAGAGGUGAAACAAGUGGACCAGCACCUUUGCUAAUACCUUGUAAAUUACCCUCGGUCGGAUUUGAAAGAAUUAAAAAAGUGAUGUGCUCCAUGAAUUAUGUUAGAGUAUUGAGCGAGGAGGGGAGAGUAUUUAAAAUUGGAUUUGAUUUAGGAAUUUCUAAAAUUGUUUAUGAGCAAGAAAUUGAUACCUACAAUUUAUUUAUUGAUGAUAUGAGUUGUUUUACGUACGGAGUGCUAUACCUGGCAAGAGAAAGAACCGAUAAUACAUCACGUAAUAAGGAAAAUUCCAUGCACAAAAAAUUGAAAACAUAUUUGUAUGGAGGCUGUAAAAACUUUUUUAAUAAUUUAGGUGUUGUUGAACGCAGCACCAGUAUGGAUGAAGAAGAUUUUAGGCUCCUGUAUACGCCUGAGGAAGGGUCCACUAUUACUCAUAUUGCUAGUGCAUUUUCAUUUUCCAUCUGUGUUCUCAACAGAACUGAUAUUCAUUGUUGUAGUACUAGUUGGGAGUGGUCUACCAAACAAUUCUCCACUCCCAAGCCCAUCAUUCAUGUGGCUUGCUCUGGAUUUUUUGUUGCUUGUAUUUUACAAGACUUCACUGUUUUAGUGGCUAACUCUGAAAUGCAAAUUUUCGAAUUGACCUCUCGUCGUAUUGACAGAGUUUUUGGAGGAUAUGAUUCAUUGAUAUUUCGAGCAAAAAGUAAUAUACCUUCAGUAGCUCAGUAUUUAAUCUAUAAUGACGAACUACAACCACUCUCAAAUUAUUUUCCUGAAGACAACUGGACCCGACAGUGUCAUUGGAGCGAAAUAGAAUUUGAGUACAAGAAGGAAAUAUUAAUGUUGAACUUUAGGUGGGAUCGACCAUAUGGCUUUUAUUUUGUGAGCACCUCAGAGAAUGAAUCUAACAAGUUUGUCGAUCUGGGCCGCUUCUUUCAGGGAUCGAAUCACUGUGUGAAAUGCUCAUUUACAAACCACACUGUAGCCUUUUACAUUGUACCUCCAAAAUUUGAUUUGGGACUGUUAUUGAGGAAUGCAUUAACUCAUAUUCCGUUUACAGAUGUUUCUUUUGUCAACCAUCAUGGUAUCUCUGAUUGA